CCCCUGUAUUCCCAGGAAUACCCUGCUGCCCGAAAAACAAAUUAAAUAUAUGUAUAUAUGUAUAGGUAAUAUGGUAUGUAUACUCAGUAUGCUUGAACCAAAAUACUUCAUUUAGGCCAAUGCAGCUGGCUAUUUUUUUGGAGAAUACCCUACUUAGAAAUUCUAGAUCCGCCACUAGGAAGGACGCCGGUGCUCGACAUCGGCGCGUUCCACUGGAUCCGCUCCGGCGACAUCGAGGUGCGUCGGGGCCGCCGCCGUCGCCGCCGGGGGCUCGUGCGCGCCGCGUCUUUCCGCUCCGGCUGGUGGACAGGAUCCUCGUCCUCAUCACGCGGCUCUUCCUCGGCAACCUGGACAAGCUCGGCAUCCAGGUGGCCCGCUGGAGCUCAAGAACACCAAGGGAAGGACGCCGGUUCUCGACAUCGACGCACUCCACAGGAUCUGCUCUAGCGACAUCGAGGUUGUGCCGAGAAUCAAGAGGAAUCGUGCAAACAAUCGGCAGAAGUCUGGAGGACAUUAGGCAAAAACUUGAAUAAUCUCUCCCUUGAACUGGUGGUGGGGGGGGGACCACAUGACCAGAUGGUUGUCAAGAUAUUGUUCAUUCUCCCAUUUUGCCUGCUGGUAUUUGGUUAUUACCAAUCAUGUUUUGAGGUUAUACUCUGUUCCUGCAUCCUGAUAGCUAUUUUUUAUUGAACAUUAAUCUAGGCACAUGAUUUUGAACAGUUCUUGUCUUUACAUUUCAUCACAUCAUGUUUUUGACAGACAAAUACAAGUCUGAGGAACCAUUACCAUCUUAUUCAGUGGUUGGUUCAUCAUCUGCAUUUGGUAUUUCAAACCAAAGGGUUAGUCCUCUACUCCAUUUGCAAAUCAGCAUUUCAACUUGAAAUUUGGAUGCUGCUGGAUGUUGCCUAUUAUAGCAUUAUGUCACCUUUAGUAACAAUUAUGAAAUCCAAAGACACUUUGUUUCAUUAUCCCAAAUGUCUGCUUCAGACCUUAAUCUGAUAUGUUGACUAUUGAUUCUCCAUCCUGCAAAAAGAUAGAGUAUAUCUUACUCUAUUUGAAUUUUAAAACUGGUUCUUUUACAUCAUUGUAUGAUCUUCUUACUGUAACAUAUUGAUUACAUGAUGUCCGCCUUAUUUUGGGCCGAUCGCAGUGCUAGUUUGCUUUAUAUCUGCUGGUUUCUCUUUUGCCUUUGCUAGCUUUUGCUAUCAUUCCACGGCAGGUUAUGCCAUGGGCAGGUUUGCUGCUGAUGUUUGAGUUGACCUUUAUGGCAUUCUUAUUAUUAUUUGGGAGUUAUCUUCGCUUUGUCUAUCAAUGGGGAAGUAUGAGUGCAAAUCAUGUGGGAUUUAACAACUCGGAUUCAUCAGAGAAUCAUAUUGGAUCAGGCUUGGAUUAAUGGUUGCUGGCGAUGUUGUGCUGGCAUGUUUUAUGGCAUACGCCGAAGAGCAUCUUGCUAUCUCAGCCUUCAACAAGGGUCAGAAAGACAGAAAUGCGAGAACUAGAAGCUUUUUUUUAACGACAAGUAAAUUUUGUACCUACACCAUUGAUCCAUGUUGUAUUGUAGUAGGUUUGUACACACAGAAAGAAUGAUGGUUCCUUUUUUUAACACAUGGCUUCCUGCCCAGACCCCCUUUUUGUAGCA